AUGUUACCUUUACUAAGAUCUUUUAUUUUCAAGAAUUCUAGGACCACAGUCGGCAUCGCAUUAAGAGCAUACUCGUCUGAAGUGCCUCAAUUCGAGACGUUAGCAAUCUCCAUUCCCAAAAAGCAUGUCUACCAUGUGGAGUUCAACAGACCUGACAAACUUAAUAGUAUAACUUCACAGAUGUUUGAUGAAAUACUACGGUGCUUCCGGUCUUUGAGUGAGAAUCUAGAAUGUAGAGCUAUUGUGGUUUCAGGCAGAGGAAAACACUUUACUGCCGGAAUCGAUCUAAAAGGUUUCGUAGCCACCGGAACGAAGGCUCUCGAGAUUGACGACGUCGCACGAAGGGCUCGUGUCAUGGAAAAUGUAAUUCGAAACUACCAGGUAGGUAUUUCACUUCUUAAAACAAACUUUACAGACAAACUUAGACUAUUUAAUCCUGGAUGCGGAUGAAGUCGCGGUCAGAAGCUGGCCUUACUCAAUACAAUUAUUGUACUAAUUUGCAGGUAUUGCACUGAAGACGCUUGGUUUUCAGUGAAAGAAAUAGAUGUGGGUCUAGCUGCGGAUAUCGGAGCUCUACAAACGUUACCCAAAAUAAUCGGCAACAGUUCAACGGCAAGAGAGCUCGCGUACACGGGACGCAAAUUCGACGCCAAGGAGGCACUGGAGCUUGGCCUCGUCACUAGAGUGUACCCUGAUAAAGACACCGCUGUGCAAAAAGUCCUAGAAAUAGCUGAAACUAUAGCAUCAAAGAGUCCAGUUGCGGUGCAAACCUCGAAGAUCAACUUAGUGUACUCGCAGAGCCGACCGAACGAGGACGGCCUUUUGCAUGUGCGUCUUCUGAACCAGACUAUGCUGCAGAGCGAGGACUUGGCAAACAGUGCCGUCGCACAAGCCACCAAAAGUGGACCACCUGAAUUCGAAAACUACUAAACCGUUUUUCAUAAUAUAUUUACACCACAAAAUCAUUUUUGAAAUAUUUUUAAUCA